AUGGAUCAGGUUUUUGUUGACGGUGCUCACGCCAUUGGAAGCUUGUGUGUUGAUGUUAAAGAAAUUGGUGUUGAUUUUUACGUAAGUAAUUUGUACAAAGGGUUCUUUUCUCCACCUUCGGUGGCUUGUACGUAUUGUAACAAGAAAUUGAAAGAUGUGCUCCAUUAUGUGGUUGCGCAUGAAUAUGGAAAGGGUUUACCUGCUGAGAGUGCUUGGGUUGGGAUGCGAGAUUAUAGCCCUCAGUUUGUGGUACCUUCGAUUUUGGAGUUUGUGAAUAGGUUUGAAGGUGGAAUUGAAGGGAUUAUGAGGAGGAACCAUGAUUUGGUUGUGAAAAUGGGGAUUAUGUUAAAGGAAUCAUGGGGAACAAUUCUUGGUGCCCCACCUGAAAUGUGUACCGCUAUGAUUAUGGUGGGUUUGCCUUCAAAGCUUCGUGUGACGAGUGAGGAUGAUGCAUUGAGGUUGAGGUUUUAUCUUAGGGUUUAUCAUGCUAUAGAAGUUCUUGUAUAUUACCAAGCUUUGAGAAAUGCUGAAAGGGAUCCUAGAGACAAGGACGGGUUUAUAACUGGUUGUGUGAGGAUUUCUCAUCAGGUGUAUAACACUGUUGAAGAUUACCAUAGGCUCAAGACUGCAAUUGUUCAGAUUUUGGAUGAUGAAAAAUUUGCAGUGAACUUCCUAAAGAGUGAUUGA